AUGCGGAUAUUUGCAGCCUCCCUGUUCCUCUUCGCGCUGACAGUGUCGGCGGUCUCGGCCGAAGAACGGAUCGAUUUCAAUCGCGAAAUCCGACCAAUCUUGUCGGAUCGCUGCUUCCAGUGUCACGGCCCGGACGAAGAAGAUCGUCACGGUGGGCUACGACUCGACCAGCGCGAAACGGCCAUCGCCGAAGCGGACUCUGGCAGCAUCGCCAUCGUGCCAGGCAAGCCAAACGAGAGCCAACUGUUCCACCGAAUUCUGUCAGACGACGAAUUCACGCAAAUGCCUCCCCCAGAGGCGAACAAGAAACCGCUGACGAAGCAAGAAAUCGAAACGCUUCGCAAGUGGAUCGCUCAGGGCGCCCAUUGGUCGCCGCAUUGGUCGUUCGUGCCGCCGACACGACCCGAACUUCCGCAAGUUGAAACCAAAGACUGGGCGAAGAACCCGAUCGAUCACUUCAUUCUCAACCGCUUGCACGAACAAAGCCUCUCACCUUCGCAAGAGGCCGACAAGCGAACGCUCAUCCGCCGCGUAACGCUCGACUUGAUUGGGCUUCCACCGACGCCGCAGGAAGUGGAGGCGUUCCUUGGUGAUGAUUCGCCUGACGCCUACGAGAAGCUGGUCGACCGACUUUUGGCAUCGCCACACUAUGGCGAACGGAUGGCUUGGCCCUGGCUCGACGCGGCUCGGUACGCCGACACCAACGGUUAUCAGGGAGAUCCUGAGCGAACGAUGUGGCCUUGGCGAGACUGGGUCGUCGACGCGAUGAACGACAACAUGCCGUUCGAUCAGUUCACCAUCGACCAGUUAGCCGGCGACCAGCGACCCAAUGCCACGCACGCUCAGGUCAUUGCCUCAGGCUUCAAUCGCAACCACAUGCAUAACGGCGAAGGGGGACGUAUCGCGGAAGAAACACGCGUCGAAAACGUCUUCGACCGAACCGAAACGACCGCUACC